AUGGUCUCUGAUAUGCAAAUUGAGGAAGUCUCGUCCACGGGGCGGGGCAAACUUCGCAUUGUAGCGAUCAUGCUAGCCCUCUCAUUGUCUAUGUUUGUUGCGGCGCUUGAUCAAACUAUCGUCGCAACGGCGAUUCCCACGAUUACUGCAAAAUUGCAUUCUGCGGCAGGUUACACUUGGAUCGGCGGUGCCUAUUUGCUGGCUAAUGCCGCGGGCGCAUGUAUCUGGGCUAAGCUGUCCGAUAUCUGGGGUCGAAAGCUCAUUCUGUUGAUUGCGGUCGCUUGGUUCUUCGUCAGCUCGAUCAUCUGUGCGGUGGCUGUCAAUAUGCAGAUGUUGAUCGCUGGCCGGGCCUUGCAGGGUGUUGCUGGUGGCGGUCUGCUGCAGCUCGUGACGAUUGUCAUCUCGGAUCUGUUUAGUGUUCGACACCGCAGUCUUUAUCUCGGAUUGAUGGAGGUGGUGUGGGCUCUAGCCGGUGGUAUCGGUCCGUUGAUGGGUGGUGCUUUCUCGGAGUAUGUCACUUGGAGAUGGAAUUUCUGGAUCAACCUGCCAGUUUCCGGUCUCGCGUUUGUCCUGCUGUUCUUCUUCUUGGAUGUGCACAACCCGAAGACGCAGAUUAUGGAUGGUAUCAAAGCCAUUGACUGGUUCGGAAGCCUGUCGGUCCUCGGCCUGACGCUUAUGCUGUUGCUUGGUCUGGACUUCGGAGGAGAGACCUUUGCUUGGAGCUCGCCCCAGGUCAUUUGUCUGAUUGUAUUUGGUACCCUCUGCUCGUUGCUCUUCAUCUAUAGCGAGAAACGUCUUGCAAAAUAUCCGCUUAUGCCGUUGGGGAUCUUUGCCCGGGUAUCAAACAUCGCCGCUUUAGCGGUGGCUUUUGCCCAUGGAUUUGUAUUUAUUGCCGGAGAGUACUACAUUCCGCUCUACCUUCAAUCUGCAAAGGAGGCUUCGCCCAUGCGAUCGGGUGUUCUUGUUCUCCCCCUCGUCCUGGCCGAAGCCUUCUCUGGUAUGAUCACGGGCGCCAUCAUCCACCGCACCGGUCGAUACCUGGAGCUGAUCUGGAUUGGAUUGGCCUUGAUGACUAUCGGAACAGGUCUCUACAUCCAACUCGACAUCGACUCGUCCUUGGGACAAAUCGUCGGCUACCAGUUCCUCAGCGGCUUUGGCGCUGGCUUCCUCUUCCAAACGCCCAUCAUUGCCAUCCAGGCCAUGGUUAGUCAGGAUGACACGGCAUCUGCAACUGCCACGCUGGGCUUCAUUCGCAACAUGGCCACUGCAACCUCUAUUGUCAUUGGUGGCGUGGUCUUCCAGAACAGCAUGGGCCAAAUGAAGCCCAAUCUCUUGGCUACCGGCAUGUCAGAGAGCUUGACCGAGCAGAUGACAGGUGGCUCUGCUGCUGCCAGUAUUGAAAUAAUCAAGGAUAUUCAUAAUUCGGUGCAGUUGCGUGCUGUUAAGGAGGCUUUUGCGUGGAGCAUGCGGAAUAUGUGGAUUCUAUACACUUGCAUGUCUGCUAUUGGUGUUUUCUGCUCCGCUUUCAUCUUGAAGACGCGCUUGAACAAGGAGCAUGUUGAAACAGUGACUGGGUUGGAUCGUGAGAAGCGGCCUGUACUUGAUGUGCAGACUGCUAGUGUCUAA